UGUAUAGAAAACCAAAACCAAAAAUCCAUUUCCAUUCAAGAAAUUAAAAACAAAAAACAAAAAACAAAAACAAAAACAAAAACAAAAAAAUGGCCGGAAAAAACACCAUAUUUGCUGUGGAAGCUAUUGUUAUAACCAUUCUUCUUUUCAUUCCUAGAGUUUUUUCAGAUGAUUCUGUUCCAAUACCAGCUGAUAAAUCACAAAUAAAAAGUUGGUUUGAAACCAAUGUUAAGCCUUUAGAUGCAAGAAAAGACACUUUGGACCCUGCCCUUGUAGCUGCUGAGGCUAAUAAAACUAUCAUUAAGGUAAGGGCAGAUGGAAGUGGUGAAUUCAAGACUUUGACGGAUGCCAUAAACAGCAUUCCUCAAGGGAAUAAAAGACGAGUUAUUAUUUCAAUUGGAGGUGGAAAUUACACAGAGAAAGUUAAGAUUGAUAGGUAUAAACCUUUCAUUACAUUAUAUGGAGACCCUAAGAAUGUACCAAAUAUAAUCUUUAAUGGAACAGCAAAAGAUUAUGGUACAGUUGAUAGUGCAACCGUUGUCGUCGAAUCUGAAUACUUCAGCGCUGUUAAUAUCAACUUUGUGAAUUCUGCACCAAGACCAGAUGGGAAAAGAGAAUUAGCUCAAGCAGCAGCAUUAAGGACAGGAGGAGAUAAAGCUUCAUUAUAUAACUGUAAAAUGUAUGGAUUUCAAGACACCUUUUGUGAUGACAGUGGCAAGCAUUUCUUUAAAGAUUGCUACAUUGAAGGCACUGUUGAUUUCAUCUUUGGCAAUGGAAAAUCCUUAUAUCUGAACACAGAGAUGCAUGUAAUUCCAGGGGAUCCAAUGGCAAUGAUCACAGCACAUGCAAGGGGUGCAGGCAAUGUUGACAGUGGAUAUUCAUUUGUUCAUUGUAUGAUUACUGGAACAGGAAAAACUGCACUUCUAGGAAGGGCAUGGAAACCUUUUGCUAAGGUUGUUUACUCUUACACUGAUAUGAGUGACGUUGUUCACCCUGAAGGUUGGUCUGAUAAUGGCAAAAGCGAUUACGACAGGUUAGUCGUCAGUCAAACUCUUUUCGAUCGUUGAUUUUGCUUGCAUUCC